CUCUCUCUCCACGAUAUUCUUACAUGUGUUGGAUUCUCAGAAAGUACUUUCUGGCGUGUCCUUAAGCUUUGGCGUGAGACAGGCGAUGUCGUUAGCCCCACCUGUAGCCUCCGUGGGCGCCCUCGUAUUCUCCACUGCAACGAUGUCCUUUAUCUCAUCCGUCUCAUCCGUCACCGUCCAGGGUGGUUCUUGGAUGAACUGCUCGAGCUACUUGAUACCAAUCGUUUCAUAUCUGUACACUACACCACAAUUCAUCGUGAGCUGGAGCAUAUCGGUGUUUCCUUCAAAAAGCUCAAACGGAUCGCAAAGGAAAGGAACGAGCAGCGGAGAAUGGAGUUCAUUAUUUGGAUGAGUCAAUAUCUACCUGAGGAGAUUGGUUUUCUCGAUGAGACUUCGAAAGAUGAACGCACUCCAGGGCAUUUGCAUGGU